GGGGCCGCCAGCGCUCUGCGGGGCGGCGGCGCGAGGAGCUCGUCCGGCGGCCGUCUCUUAGGAGCGCUCCGGUUCCCCGGCUGCCGCGGGACCCCGGCCCGGCGGCCGCGCCCAGGCCCGGCAGUUCAUUCAAAGAACCAGCUCAGUUGGACCCUACAAAUUAAGCCACAGGAUUUUGGUGAUUAUAGAAUUAUGUGGUUCAGAUCCUAUAGAAUGACUUUUCCCUAUUUCAACAGAAUGAAAAAUUGUAGGCUCCCUUGGGUAAGGCUGCACAGUACUUCCCAAACCACUGUGGACAGCGAGGAAGUAAAGAAGUUCUUGGCCCUGGCACAUAAGUGGUGGGAUGAGCAAGGAGUAUAUGGGCCUCUUCAUUCCAUGAAUGACCUGAGGGUGCCAUUUAUUAGAGAUAAUCUUUUAAAAACAGUUGCUAGUCAUCAGCCAGGAAUACCCUUGUCUGGAAUGAAGAUCCUUGAUGUUGGCUGUGGCGGUGGAUUGUUAACAGAACCUCUGGGGCGACUUGGGGCUUUAGUUACUGGAAUUGAUCCCGUGGAUGAGAACAUUAAAACGGCAGAGCGCCAUAAAAUAUUUGACCCAGUCCUGGAUAAGAGGGUCGAGUACAGAGUGUGUGCCUUGGAAGACAUUGUGGAAGAUUCUGCAGAAACAUUUGAUGCCGUAGUAGCGUCUGAAGUUAUAGAACAUGUGACCGAUCAAGAAGCAUUUGUGCAGUGCUGCUAUCAAGUUUUAAAACCUGGUGGUUCUUUGUUCAUUACUACAAUCAACAGAACACAGCUGUCCUAUGUCUUGGGAAUUGUUUUUGCAGAGCAAAUUGCUGGUUUGGUAGCAAGAGGUACUCAUUCCUGGGAGAAGUUUGUUUCACCUGAAAAGCUUGAGAGCAUUCUGGAAUCAAAUGGUCUAUCAGUUCAAAUGGUGGCGGGCAUGCUGUACAACCCUUUCUCAGGCCACUGGCACUGGACAGAAAAUACCAGUCUUAACUAUGCAGCUCAUGCUGUGAAAUCUGGAGAUCAGGAAAAAAUAGUACCUGAUGAACUUGUUUUAAAAGAAGAAAUAAAAUAAUUCCAAGCUGAAACCUUCACUAAACUAGAUGUGUAUCAUGAGCUGAAGAGAUGAAUUAUUCGGGGGUUUGGGGAUAUGACUCAAAGACCGAGUUUGAUCCCUGGCACCACAUGGCCCCUGAGCACUACCAGAUGUGUUUGAGGUAGAACUGUUGGGCCCCCAGUACCACUGGACCCCAGCGCUGAACUGUCAGUGCCUGACUUCCUCACCCCCAGUGCUGCUGUGUGUGGCUCCUAUUUUAAAAAGUGAAACGAAAUUGUUUCUAAAGGACUGCCAUAUAAUGUGAAAGUAUGAUGUUUACAAAUACAAAGAAUACAUAAUUUUAUCUUUUGAAAUGGGAUCAUGAAAAAAGACAAUAAAGACUAAAAAGUUUGCAAAGAAUUUUAGUUUUUUUUUAUCAAACGGCAACUUUCAAGGGAUUAUUCUGUGGAUAAAGAUGUCAGGUUUUAAGGGGUCUAGGAAUUUUAAGUUCUUUGCCUUUAUGUAAAGAGUAUAUACCUAUUUCACUUUAUCUUAGAGUUUAUACGUAUAUCUUCCUCACCAUGAAUACACACGUAUGUUUAUAUGUUUCAAUUUAAAAGAAUUGGUAUCAUUUAUGUUCAUUAUUUGUUUUUAAUGAAAGGCAGUUAUGUGUCUUACUAAUCAAAGCAAAAUAUAGUUUAUGUCACUUACACUGUAAAAUUGAAAAAAUAUUCCGGGGAGGCUAAGGAGAUAGCACAAUGGUAGGUGCUUGCUUUGCUGCAGCGGACCCAGGUUCAGUCCCAGCGCUCCGUAGAGUUUCCCGAGCCCAAUCGAAGAUCAGUGCCAGGAGUGAUCCCUGAGCAUAGCCAGGUGUGGCCCCCCAGUGUGUUUUUAAAUGUAUGUACAUAAAAUUUUUCCUUUAUAUGUUAGUUUAUUGGAAAGUUAUUGUUAAAUAUGUGUGGGAUUUGGAUUCACAUAUUUAGGACUGUAAACUCAGAUUAUGUUGGUAAGGCUUAUUUAUACAGUUCCAUUAACAUUUAAUUGGUAUUGUAUUUGUUAAGUAUUUUUUUAAAAAUAAAUUUAUUUAUUGAAUCACCA